AUGCUGGAAUAUCUCGAGGCAUACAGCACUUACAAGUCAUUGAACAGCUCAGCAAACUCGCUCACACUUGGGCAUUACUUCAAUGGCACUGCCGGUGGCAUGACUGCGGGAAGACAACCUGGGCUUCAAGUAUUCUCAGAACCAGACGACCAGCUCGGCUAUGGUAACAAGUCCAUCUCACAUGAGAUCGUAACCAAGGUCUUUCUUGAUUUCACAACUCACAUCAGGCAGGACGAGAGUGCACUGGACUUAAAGUCACUAUCUGCAAUAUGUGGUUCUCUCGACAACACCUUCAAGGCAGCAAACAAGGCGACGCUGACAAACAAGGAUGGGCAAAAGAUGAGGGAGAUCAAGGGUGGGAUACUCACUGUGCUGAAUGAAAGCAACGAGAUCAUUGCUUGGACAUGUGCAAAUGCUGAGAUUACGGAGCUACUGCAUGGCCUCAAGCAGUGCCACAAUGUCCUCAACCUCCCACAACCAAAGAUGAUGGUUGCCAACAACUGCUGCCAUAUUCACAGUGCAGUGGCUUCUGCCAUGCCCAAGACAGAGGCCAAGCUGGACGUCUGGCAUUUUAGCGCAAGAUAUGUUGCUGCGAUCUUGAACACGAGCAAAAGCCCAUUCCGUAGUGCCAUCGCUGCUGAUAUUUUGGGCGCAAUCCUCAAGAAGCAUGCAGAACAUGGAUGUGGAGCAGAGUAUUGGGAUCGUGGUGAACAAGAGCAGCAUCUUCUUGCAGCUUUUGAGAAAUGGGCCGAGAAAGGUGUGUGGUCAGCAGCAGCUCAGAAGCAUGCCCAACCAAGUGGGAUUGUAAUGUUGUCUGCACUCAGUCACGACUUCGUCCUCUGUCGAAACAUUCGGGUCGCUUCCAGUAGGCAUCAAAUGACACCCUUUGUCAAAUUCACCCAUGGCUCCCACCACAUCCAACUCUCUAACCACAUCACAAAACUCUACAAUGGACUACGUGAGAAGGACACACAGCUGCUUCCUCUCCUACCAGAACUCCCAGAUGUCGACUCCAGUGAGACCUUUGGACUGGUUGCAUCAGAUAAUGCAACCACAUUUGGUGGUUUGCUCAUCAAGGAAGAGACACUGGAUGCUGAACUCACGCACGACUUUGAGGUUCACACAGAUAGCUUCACUGGUGGGACUCUAGAUUUUGCGACUGAAGCCAGCCGCAGCAUCAUGAUUGAGGAUUGGCAGAUUGAUCCAGCACUCCUUGAUCAACCUGCAGUGUGCAGCUCCAGUACCAAGCCCCCAACGAAUGGUAUGAUGGCUUCUAAUGAUAGUGUUCUCGCUGCCAAAGUCGCACCUCCCUCCCUUAUCAAACACAAGGCCAUUUGCAUCUUGCCUAACUCCAAUGACAAGUCAAACAGCAGCACCAAGACACUUGAUGGCUACUUUGCCUUAGGCCGUCUUCUAACAUGGCAUGGAGAGCCUCCCAGUAUUGCCACAGGAGAGGCUGUCAGUCAGUUCUCGCCCCCAAUCAAUGAUACACACGCGAAAGCUACCAGUCAGUUCUCGCCCCCAAUCAAUGAAACAUAUGCGAAGGCUGCCAGUCAGUUCUCACCCCCAAUCAACGAUACACUCGUGACAGCUAAUGUCCUGAAUUCUCGCAGGCUGCCAGCACUGGCAAUGACAACCCACCAAUCACCCCCGGUCAAUGAGACAAAGCAGGCCAGACCCAGUCCCAAUGAAUUCUACCUGUUCAUGAACAUGUGGGCCGAGUUCAAGUGGCUGUCAUACCAAAUGACUUUGAAGGGCUGGGUGCUGGCAAUGGAGGAGUACAAUUGCCAUCUCAUUGGGAAAAUGGGCCAGUCAGUCAUCCAGAAGAACCUGCAGGCCCUCCUGCGCGCACUGGGUGAUAUUGAGCCCAAACUGAUGAAUUGCAUCAUCAAAGAUGAGUAUACCUCAAAGAGGAACAACAAGACAUUUUGGCGCCAUCAUUGUUCUGUUGUGCCCCUCGUCAAGGAAGAGCAAGGGGAAAAGACAUGCUCAUGCUGCCAAACAAUUAUGUACCCUGGCCCUGAAAACUUGCCACUCAACCACAAGCGGGGCUACUGCGCUGAUGGUGUCAAGCAGGUGUCAAAGAGUGGCGAAGACCUCCCUCCCUGGCCUCAGCCUCAAGGCCUGUUCUCUGAAGGCUGCACAUUUCACCCGCACGCAUUUUUGUUGGCUGUUCAGCGCGUCUAUGAGUGCAUCUUCAUGCAGGGACUGGGAGAGAUGGACUUGCUUGAAACAGAGGCCUUCGCGAAGCUGCUUGCCUCAUGCACUGAGAUCCGUGAGGAUGGUGCAGUGCUUUUCCAGCUGUUUGCACACUUCGUUGUUGACCCAUCGACCCCCCACAACGACAAGCAGUGGCUCAGGAUCAACUUCCUCCAGCAGCAGCUGUAG